CGUCCAUUGGACCGGCUACGGACCACUAUGACAUACAUAUAUUGUAUGGUUUAUGGCACCAAGCAGGAGAAAGCCGCCAUCAUUGAUCUAGUCAACAAAGCCCAUGCCCCUGUUCAAGGAUCAGACUACUCUGCCAACGACCCUGUUCUGCAGACAUGGGUUGCUGCGACACUCUAUGCAGUGGGAAUCGACUUGUAUCAAAGAAUAUUUGGAGAUCUAGAUGAAGAGACAUCUGAAAAAAUCUACAGAGAAUACGCCAUUCUAGCUGUUUCGUUACGUGUUCCACCGUCGAUGUGGCCCAAGGACCGAAAAUCAUUUUGGCAAUACUGGGAUGAGCAAAUCCAGACCUUGCAAAUCAGUCAGAAUGCCAAGAAUGUAGCCAAGGGUUUGCUCUAUAACAAAACCGCACCGUUGCAAGUCCGUGCUACUCUUCCUUUCGUUCGUCUGGUUACAGCGGAGAUGCUGCCGAAGCGGUUUCGUGAGGAGUUUGGGCUGAAAACUAGUAGGUCUCGCAGAGUUGGCUACAAAAUAACGCUAGGGAUCACCCGUGCAAUCUACCCAGCAUUACCAAGGUUCAUUCGCACGUAUCCCAAGCGGUAUUACUUGAAAGAUAUGCGACGUCGAUUGGCAAAUUAAAUAGAACGAUAUGUUUCAGCCCUUGGUUAGUGC